UCUUGCUAUAUUUUGAAAGAAAAAAAAAUAAUAAUAAUAAAUAAAUAAAAUAAAAUAUUCCCCCCCAUGGGUGUUGUAUUGUAAUUGUAAACUAAAUGUAAUGUUUGGUUCUGUUCGAACAGGAUGGUGAAUUCGUGUACAAUCCUGAUGAUUUUCCUCCUCUGAGACCGAUUUGCGCAGCUCCUGAAUUAGACAACGGAGUCGAAGAGGUAUGUAAACAUUUUCCCCAAUUCCCCCACUUGUUUAUUCGUGCAUAUACAUGCGAUAACUUGUCCACGCUUAUUCAUGACGUCAUGCCUGUUAUUAUUGUCCAGCGAUAAAGCGCUUAAGACAAGUCUGGACAUGCCGACACUCCGUCGUUGUCUUUUUGAUCGUUUAUUUGUCGGUACACGAAUGAAAACCUACGGCCGCUCAUACACUGUCGGUUAAGCACUGGCAUGUGUCCCUCACAACCCGUUUGAUCUUAGUCGCAAUCACAUCUGCUCUAUCUACCACGUAAUAUCCUUUUAAUAUUUCAUUGUAUCUUGUACUGUUUGUUUUAUAGACUCCUUUUGAAGUUCCGUCGAAGCGCAAGAAGAUGAAGAGAGUUCUAGGUGUGCACGAAUGUUUAGUCUGCAAUAAAACAUUCACUCGCAGAGAUGCCCUGCGACGACACAAGACCACCCACACCACAGUCAAAUCUGUAUCCUGCCCAGAGUGCGGUGCAUCAUUCCGGCGCACCGACAACAUGAAACGCCAUAGGUGUUCUCAACACCAGCAGCGCACCGAUCCUGCAAGGCCAACAUCAUCAGCUACUACUGCACCGCACAAUCGCAGCGGUACUUCAAGACCAGAACCCCCAGUCCAGCCUACAGAUGGUGCUCAUCAUCAGCCGGACGACCAGCCUGGAUGCAGCCAUUGGCCCGACCCAGCCACGCUCGCCCCUGCUCAUCCCAUCGCCAAUAGCAAUCAGCAGAGUAUGACAGCUCCUCCGCCCGCCACAGCCCCAGCCCCAGCCCCCACCAGUGACAAUCCUCGCAAAUGCCCCGGUUGCGGUAAAGCUUUUCCUCUCAUUGAAUCGAUGCAUCGCCACUACGCCAGAGUACACACCGGCCAGAGACCGACUCCGCCCUCCCCACAACCCAUCGAUGAUCGAUUUGAGGAAGAUCCUUUGGUUUACCCAGAGGGUGACGAGGAUGACUUGGGCCUAACUGACAUUAUUCGGGACAACUGGGAGAGUAUUCGUGCCUUCCAGGUUACGGGUCAUCCAGUAGAGGACAUUUACAACAUUCGUGUCGUGCAGUCAUCUAAAAACCACAGAAACACUGCCCAGAAAAUACUCAGUAAUCUGACAGACCACGAGCAGUUGAUCAACGUCUCGUUUGGAGCUAUUGUGCGCCAUGAUGAGACGGGGGAGCUCCGUUUCUUCGAUGCAGACUCAGUCAGAUUUUUUCCAACACCGGUGUCUUUUGACAGUCACUUCCUGGAACAGUUUGAGGAUGAAGUCAUUGCCGACUUUGUUCGUGGACAUUUUAAAGACUGGUCGCUGGUUGCCCUCACCAAUAUUCGCCUGUUUGUGCGUCAUGCCCCCGACCCCCUUCGAGAUGACCCCGAGGAGUUCCCCGCAGAAAUGGAAGUAGACGACGACGAAGUCGGCCGUGUGUACAGAAACAAUUGGGCCGCUAUCCGGACCCAUCAUCGAAUCGGUCGGGUGAUUCAGGACAUUUAUAAUAUACGAAUGGAUCGCCCUGAGGCUUCAUUCAUGCGGAUCAUGAAUGGAAUAUUUAAGAAACUGACAUGCCGAGUGAAGGUCAACCUUUCAUGUGGAUUCAUCUUGCGGCACAACGAAACUGGUGAGCUGCGGUAUUUCCACCCGUCUCAUAACAAUGCGAAACUGUUUUCUAUUCCAUUUACCAUCGGCAGCCAGGGAGAUAUGGACAGUUUGAUCGAGGCUCUGGAAGCAUUGGAUGUUGUGGAAUAUGCCCGGCAGCAACGCCCAGACACAAAAUGGACGGUCGUGGUGCUGACCAAUCUUGCCGUCUAUGUGAACAAAAUGCCGCAGUUCUACAUUGGAGCUCCACCGCAAAGCCUACCUGACUUUGUCAAGAACAAUAGAGGUCUCCAUAAUCUUACACACAAUCCAAACAAUUGGCAAAGAUACAACGAUAAUCUUUGCUUUUUCCGGUGUCUGGCGCUGAACCGAGGGGCGCCUCUGAGGGGGUUGGAGAGGACAACCCAGGAUCUUGCCGAAACUUUCCAGCGAUCUACGGGGAGACAAAUCAGCCGGGGUGUUACAAUGGAAGACCUAAGUGAAGCCGAGCGAAUCUUCGAAGUCACAAUUCAGGUCUACAGCUUGACGCAGGUGGACAAUGGUGACGACCGCCAACAGACCAGGGUACACCUCAUCCGCCGCUCUCAUCGACGAUAUGCCGCCAACCUCCACCUGCAUCUGUUCCAAGAACAUUUUUCGUACAUUUUUGACUUAAAUAAAUUCAGUCAAACGUACGAGUGUGAAAAAUGCAGAAUGAUUUUCAACAGAUCAUCCAACCUUCAACGUCAUGUACCCACAUGUAACGUUAAUGUAAAACACAGAUUCCCCGGCGGUGUGUACAACCUACCGGAUACAAUUUUUGAUAAGCUGGAGGAAGCAGGCAUCGACGUCGAAGAGAACUUAAAAUAUUACCCCUACAGGGCGACCUACGACUACGAAUGCUACUUCGACAACGUGGAUCAAAAUGGCGGCCAGGAAAAACUUACAUGGUGCAAUCGCCACGAAUUGCUUAGUGUCAGUGUCGCCAGCAAUGUCCCGAACUUUGACUCCGCGAGAUGUUUUGUGAGUGAUGGUGACCCCGCAAGUCUGGUGGGGCGUAUGGUGAACUAUCUCCACGAAAUAAGCGAGGCGGCAUUCAUCAAUUUGACCGAGAAGUUCGAGGAUGUUUUCAGCCGUAUCCAAGAACUGGUCGAGCUCCAACAGAACCAAGAGGGUAAACAACCGCGGGCACGAGAUGACACCGCACCAACCAAGAAAGUAGCUGCGGAGAAAUUGCGGGAGGAACUGGAGCACUAUCUUGGUGAACUUCCCGUGAUCGGCUUCAAUUCAAGUAAAUACGACUUGAAUGUCAUCAAAAAACACCUCUACCAAAGACUGAAGGAGGCCGGCGACCCUGUGGAGAUGGUCAUCAAACGAGGUGGGAGUUACAUGGCCCUGAAAACCAAGAAGUUGAAGUUCCUUGACAUCUCUAAUUAUCUGGCACCCGGGUACUCCUACGAAAAGUUUCUAAAAGCAUAUGACUGUGCACACGAUAAGGGUUUCUUUCCGUAUGAGUACAUGACAAACCUGAACAAGCUUCACGAAACUGCACUGCCACCCCACGAAGCGUUUUUCAGCACACUGAAGGAGACAAACAUCACCGAGGAGGACUACCGUUACUGUCAGCAAGUUUGGCGGGACGAAGGAAUGACCACACUGCGAGACUUGCUAGUAUGGUACAACAACCUUGACGUGCUCCCGUUUCUGGACGCCAUCCAGAAGAUGUUCAACUUUUACAAAGAACGGCGUAUGGACAUGUUCAAGACAGCCAUAUCUGUACCCGGCCUCUCUUUGCAGUAUCUGUUUUUGACACUCGCAGAUAACAUAUCCUUUUCCCUCAUCGACGAGCCCAACAAGGACUUGUAUUACCUGCUGAAAAAGAACAUUGUCGGGGGCCCGUCCAUAGUGUUCCACCGCUACCAUGAGAGGGGGAAGACACAGAUUCGAGGAGGACCGCAGCAGUGUGCCAAUAUCGUCGGGUUUGAUGCAAACGCCUUGUAUCUGUGGUCCUUGAUGCAACCAAUGCCGGUCGGGACUUUUAUCAGGCGACGAGAAGAAGACAACUUCAAGCCAGUGCCGAGCCACAAGUGGGGAGCCAAGGCAUCAGAAUGGUUGGAGUGGGUGGCACACACUGAUGGUCUCUUCAUUCGCCAUCAACUCAACCGCGGUGAAAAGCGAGUGGGGUCGAGGGCAAUUCCAGUAGACGGCUUCUGUAAAGAGAACAAUACCGUUUACCAGUUCCAUGGCUGUUUCUGGCACGGGCAUCGCUGUCAUCUGAAUCCCCAAGAAUUCAACCCUGUGAAGAACCUGCCGCGUGCUGAACUGAGGCGACAGACUGAGGAGAUAUCCACCUACAUCCGGGCCCAGGGUCAUAGUCUGGUCGAGAUGUGGGAAUGUGAAUGGACUCGCUUGCAACAGGAAGAUGCCAACGCCGCUGACUUUGUCCGUUCCAGAAGACUGCCUCACCAGCAUAAGACACUCAACCAGCGUGGCAUCCUGGAUGCAGUCGUCAACGAAGAGCUCUUCGGCCUGGUGGAGUGCGAUAUCGAGGUACCCGCCCAACUUCGCGAGACGUUUGCAGAAAUGCCGCCCAUCUUCAAGAACGUCGAGAUUAGCCGCGAGGACAUUGGGGACCAUAUGCGGGAGUAUGCAGAGAGGGAAGGUCUGAUGAAGUCACCUCGCCGCAGCCUCAUCGGUAGUAUGUUUGGUCGCCGUAUUCUACUAGCCUCUCCGCUGUUACGGUGGUACAUACAACAUGGUCUUCACGUUACACAUAUCUACCAGUUCAUUCAGUAUGGGCAGGCAGCGUGUUUUCAACCCUUCGGGGAGGCGGUCAGCAACGCCAGGAGGGACGGUGACGUCGACCCGUCUAAAGGAAUCAUCGCAGACACCAUGAAGCUCCUGGGGAAUUCCGCCUAUGGCAAGACGGUGACCAACCAGGAGAAACACCUGCAAGUUCAAGUUGCACACAGCGAUGAAGCAGCAUCUCGUCUCAUCAACCUGCCCAAUUUCCGUGCCCUCCAUACACUGGACGAGAAACUAUAUGAGGUGGAGCUCAACAAAAAAGCCAUCCGCCUGGGUCUCCCGUUGCAAAUUGGUUUCUUCGUCUACCAAUAUGCCAAACUGCGUAUGCUCCAAUUUUACUUUGACUUUCUCCUGAAGUUCAUUGAUCCCGCAGAUUUUCAGCUCUGCGAAAUGGACACUGAUUCUGCGUACAUGGCCAUUUCGGCGCAGAGAUUGGAGGACAUCAUCAAGCCACAUCUGCGGGACCAGUUUCAGCGUGAGAAGUCAUCCUGGUUUCCCCGCAACGACACCCCUACCCAUCGUGCCUUCGACAAGCGCACACCUGGCCUCUUCAAAGUCGAAUGGGAGGGGGACGGCAUCGUCGCCCUUUGCAGCAAAACGUAUUACUGCUUCGGUGACCAAGAUAAGGUAAGCUGCAAGGGGAUCAACAAAAGGACCAACAACAUCAGCAAGCGGCGAUACUUGGAUACGCUUCAGACACAGCAAGCCGGGGAAGGGGUCAACCGCGGCUUCCGGAUGCGGGAGGACGGCAUGCACACCUACCAGCAGGUGAAGACUGCGUUCACUUACCUCUAUCCCAAGAGGAAGGUGGCACCGGAUGGAGUAACAACAACAUACUUGGACCUCUAGGACAUUGGAACUCUAAAAGGGCCACAACCAAAAUGAAACCAACAAAACAAAUGAAAACACACGCAAAACUGUAAAAAUACGCAAGUGCAAUGGAAACUCCGCAAGUAUACAAUCAUUGAAAUAACCUUGAACGCUAUAAUAUCAGGUGGAUGUUUCCCUCGAUUUACAGUUUCCAAAGUUGGAUGUUUG